AUGGCGGCCGUAGCAGCAACGACAUCGCCCGUCGAGUCCGUCCAGUGCUUCGGCCGGAAGAAGACCGCCGUCGCCGUCACCCACUGCAAGCGAGGGAGGGGACUCAUCAAGCUCAACGGGACUCCGAUCGAGCUCGUGGAGCCGGAGAUCCUCCGUUUCAAGGCCGUCGAGCCGAUCCUCCUCCUCGGCCGACACCGCUUCAGCGGCGUCGACAUGCGGAUUCGGGUCAAGGGAGGCGGGCACACCUCCCAGAUCUACGCCAUUCGUCAGAGCAUCGCCAAGGCGCUGGUAGCUUUCUACCAGAAGUUUGUGGACGAGCAGAGCAAGAAGGAGAUCAAGGACCUCCUCGUCGGCUACGACAGGACUCUGCUGGUGGCCGAUCCCAGGCGCUGCGAGCCCAAGAAGUUCGGUGGCCGUGGUGCCCGUUCUAGGUUCCAGAAGAGUUAUCGCUGA